AUGCCUGAAUUUCAAAGCUUUUAUCAAAAAAAAAUAAACUUGACCAGCUGGAAAAUUCAAGAAGAACUUAUUAAAAUUAGUGCUGACUUGGUAACAGAAACUAUUGUUGGACAAAUUCUUGACACUGGACAUUUUGCUCUAAUGGUUGAUGAGGCUAGGUCUCAUAAACAAGAACAAUUGUCUGUAUGUGUGCGUUAUGCAGUUGGCCUCGACAUUUAUGAAAGAUUUUUACAAUUUGUUGAUGUUUCUUGUGGCCAGAAUGCCAAUCAAAUUGUUUCUGCUAUUUACAGUAGUUUUAAAAAUUGUAAUUUAAACAUGGACACACUAAAUAUUGUGGCACAAUCGUAUGAUGGUGCCAGUGUGAUGUCCGGCCAUAUCGGAGGUGUCCAAGCCAAAAUUAAAGAAGAUUAUCCUUAUGCAAUAUAUACACAUUGUAUGGCCCACAGGUUGAACUUAGUUGUUGUGGACUUGUGUAAAGAAAUUAAGAAUGCUCGUUGUGUUUUUAAUACGUUAGAAAUGGUAUACGUUCAUUUUGCUCGUCCAUCUAACAAUACGAAACUCAUUAAAAUUCAAUUGGAUCUAGGAUUAAAAAAAGGAAGUAUCCUCAGAGUAUGCGACACUCGAUGGGUGUGCCGAUUUAAAAAUUAUGAAGCAUUGAUAAGUAAUUACACUGCUAUAUUAGAAUAUUUAAGUAACGAGAUUGAAGAGCAAUCUGAUAAAGAUGUUGUCGAAGUAAUAGGUAUUCUUAGUGAAUUACAGAAGUGUACAUUUUUUAUUGGGGUUGUUUUAUUAAAAGAUGUUCUUAGUAUUAUUAACAUACUAAGUACCACAUUACAAUCAAAAACUGGCACUCUGGGUAAAGCUAAAAAUAUUAUAAAUGGUGUAAUACUAUCAUUUGAAAAAUUACGUUGUGAUGAAGAAUUUCUUAUAUUUUGGCAAAAAAUUGAAUCAUUGGCAGCACAAAAUGAUAUUACGCUUGAUAUACCUGACAUAAAGUGGUACGUCCCAAAAACGAACCGAUUGCAUUAUGAUUUAUAUGGACCAGAAAUGAUUACAAAUUUACAAGCCGUGGUGAAAUGCCGUUAUUUCGGCACUGCGCGCAAUCGUAUGCCACUAUGA